CUUUCUUUCUGUCAAGGUCUCUUGCCGUGGAAGGCCGCCUCAUGGCCUGGGCGGGCUGCGCGUCAAGGAGGAGUAAGCGGAGCGUGCAGAGGGCGAGGCAAGCAGGACGAGGAGGAGCAGGAGGACGCGGACGAAGUAGGAAGACGAGGAGCAAGCAGGAGAUGUAAUUGCGCAGCCAGUCGACGGGGGGCUCCGAGCUAGCUGGGGGUUGUGGAACGUGCCUUCGGACAAGGCGUUGGGCAAGAUGUUCAGAGACGCAGACUCCAGAGGCGCUGGCACUCUGCAAAGGUACGAGGUCGCCUCGUUGCUCCGGCAGUUGGGCCUGACCGAGGUGCAGAUCAAGACAAGCAGUGACAAGCUCUAUGAGAAGACCCGUGGGAAGGACCCGAGCUUGCGUCGGCGGACAUCCGGCUACUUCUGUACGGGCCCAAGUUCUCGCCAAGUCUGCUGCACAGCGUGCCUGUCGUGGGUCAGCCGCUGUCGGACAACAUGCUCACCAUCUUCGAUGAUCAGAUCAUCAGAGAGCACGAGGUCAGGGAAGCGUUCGAGUAUGUCGACAGCGAGAAGGCAGGGAAGCUAGAUAAAACUGGCAUCGCGGAGGUGCUUCGCGAGCUUGGCAGGCCCGAGAGCUUGAUCCAGAAGGCCAUCGACCAGAUGGAGGAGGAAGAGCUCGACUACGCUGGCUUCAAGCUCCUGAUGGAGGCCGAGAAGCCCAGGCCAUGGCUGACGAGCAUCGACCUCGGAUACGAGAUCCCCUUGCCCAACCCAGCCAAGAUCCACGACGUGCCGGUCGUCGGCGCCGUCACCAAGACAACGCAGGACCUGCUGUACAACUCCUACGACUGGACGCUCGGGGCCGCGUGCCGGACAGUCCUCACCGCUGGGGAGGAGGAAUUGAGGGAGAAGUUCAAGGAGGCGGAUGCGGACGCCGACGGGAAGCUCAGCAGGAAAGAAGCGGCGAAGCUGCUGCGCAGCAUGGGGAAGAAGGAGUGGGAGAUCAGGAGCGCACUGGGCUGCCUGAAGGACGGCCAGGAGGCCCUGUCCGUUGACGAGUUCGUGGCGUGGGUGUACUCGAGUCGUCUGUUCUCGUGGUUCCGCCCCGCCGAAGCUGCCAAGGACGAGGUCGCGCCUGCGUGAGGGCCUUCCUGGCGGCCCUCCUGACGCAUAGCUGUCAGGUUGAGCGAGCAGAGGCCACGGCCAGCCGCUGCGAACUCUGCUCACGCUUCCGUGUCGAGCGGCCACGGAUUUGAAGUGACCACCCCCGCCUGAGGAGUGCAUGUUUUUCCACGCGGCUGGCCUGAACUCGUCCCCUCCAGGUUUCCCCAGAAAACCGAACUUGCGGGCUGCGGCCCCGGCGCGCCGCCCUCAUCGGCAGGUCCUCCGCGCCCGCCGGCUCUGCGUCCGUCCGUCCGUCCGUCCGCGGCUGCACCCCCAACGCGGCCACGGGUCUGCUCCCCUGCGCGGCCGGGCGGGGCGUCCGCUGGCUGCACCCCUGCGCGGCCGGGCUCCUCAGUGAUGUUCACAUUGGCUCCUCCGCGCUCACCCGAGAACUGCCUGGCACGUUGCGCGUAUGCCCAUCCGCCUAUCCCGAAGCACUUCCCAGGCACGCAGCUCCGACCGGGAACGUGUGGGAGAGUGCCGUGGCCCGGGGAGGCGUGCCAGCAAUCGGACCGAAGCAGGGACCACGGGGUGCUACAUGAUUCGUCAAAGUGUGAAUUUAGCAACAACAAUUCUGCUUCUGUCAGCAGCCAAGACGCCUGACGCUGUUUCUGUCCUCGUCCAGGGGCCACUCGCGUACUGUUGCCGACGCAGCGCAGCCCUUGCGAAGCAACCAAGGCACGUGCG